UGCACACACUCACCCUAUCGCCCUUAUCUCUCCGCGCACGCUCACUCACACUCACCCAUGGCUUUCUCACUACGAGCGCACCAUGCGCGAACGCUGCUGCUGCUCAAGGGGCCGUCCUGGGCCGUCGCGAGUCGCACCCUGAGCACGCGCUGGGACUCGAGCGCCGCGGCCCGCGUGCUGGCGGACAUCGACCCCGCAAAAUUGCAGAUCGAGAGGACGACCGCGCCCAAGCCGCUCCCGCCGUCCGCGAACCUCAAGUUUGGGCACAAUUUCACGGACCACAUGUUGACGAUCCCGUGGACGCAAAAGGAGGGCUGGGCGGCGCCCAAGAUCGUGCCCUACGGGCCGCUCAGCCUCGACCCCAGCUGCACCGUCUUCCACUACGCGCAGUGCCUCUUUGAGGGGCUCAAGGCGUACCGCGACGCGAGCGGCAGGGUCACGAUGUUCCGUCCGGACAUGAACAUGAAGCGCAUGAACCGGAGCGCGCAGAGGAUCGCGCUGCCGACGUUUGACGGCGACGCGCUGCUCGAGCUCCUCAAGCAGCUCAUCCGGCUCGACAAGCACUGGAUCCCGCAGGAGAAGGGCCACAGCCUCUACAUCCGCCCCGUGCUCAUCGGCACGCAAAACACGAUCGGCAUCACGCCGCCCGACUCGGCGCUGCUCUACGUGAUCUGCAGCCCCGUGGGGCCGUACUACCCCGACGGCUUCAAGCCCGUCGCGCUGCACGGCACGACGGAGCACGUCCGCGCGUCCCCAGGAGGCACGGGCGAGUUCAAGAUCGGCGCGAACUACGCGCCGGGGAUAUACCCGCAGAAAAAGGCCGCGCACCUCGGGUACGUGCAGAACCUCUGGCUGUACGGCCCCGAGCACAACCUGACCGAGGUCGGCACCAUGAACCUCUUCGUCGUCUUCCGCCGCGACGACGGCGCGCUCGAGCUCGUCACCCCGCCGCUAGACGGCAUGAUCCUCCCGGGCGUCACGCGCGACUCCGUGCUCUCCCUCGCGCGCGCGCACGCCUCCGGCGCACACCCCCUGCCCUCGCUCCCGCCGAACCUCGCCGUCUCCGAGCGCGGCGUGACGAUGCGCGAGGUGCGCGCCGCGGCGCAGGCGGGGCGCCUCGUGGAGCUGUUCGGGACGGGCACGGCGGCGGUCGUGAGCCCCGUGGACCGGAUCGGGUACGAGGGCGCGGACGUGGAGAUCCCCGUUGCGGCGGACGGGAUGGGCCCCGUCUCGCGCGCGCUGUGGACGGAGCUCGUCGGGCGGCAGAUGGGCGAGAUCCCGAGCGAGUGGAGCGUCGUCGUGGAUUGACCGCGCGCGGCUGUCGUACUGUAGGCAUGGGGAUCUUUAUUUUGUUUUUGUUUUUACGGGAUGUCAGUGCCGGCCAGCUAUUACCGCUGCUACAUAAUAGGAACGGGGUGCUCAGC